UCCAAGCUCUUUAAACUAAAGCCUGUUUUUUCUCCCCACUCAGAAAUCAACAGAGCUGAGAACAACUUCAACUGAAAAGCCGGUUAGAAUGCAAUGUCUCCGCCAAGUCCGGUGCGUGACAAAACUCCGGGCUGCAGCUCCAACAUCCAGGCUUCUUAAAGUGACAAACCUACUCAGAUCUGCGAGCACGCUGCAGCAGAAAAAGGAGAUGGCAGACAACAAACCGUGGGUUCUGAUCUCAGAGGUUGGGGACAAGGGUGUCCAUGAGGACGUCGUUGACAUUAUCAAUCAACACUUCCACAUCAUCUGCCUCGAGGAGUUUCUACAAAACCCUGCCCUGCACGGCCCUAAGAUCCAGGGCUUGUUUAUGUGGUACUACAGUCCUGCGGCCGAGCCUUCCCUGAUGAGCUGCUUGCCAUCGCUGAAGGUGAUCGCCAACGGAGGAGUGGGCAUCGACCAUCUGGACGUGCCGUACAUCAACAGCUUUGGGGUGAAGGUCACCAACACUCCCGGCGUGGUGAGCGACGCCACUGCAGACAUGGCCAUGGCGCUCCUUCUGGCUUCAGCGCGGAAGGUCCUAGAGGGUCACCUGAUAUCAGUCGAUUCUAAGACCACCCAUGUACCAAAAAACCUUACGGGAGUUGAAGUCACAGGUUCAACUCUGGGGAUCAUUGGAAUGGGACACAUCGGGUAUAAAGUUGCUCAGAGAAGCAAAGGUUUCAACAUGAGGAUCCUUUACCACAACAGAAACAGAAGAAGUAUCGAAGACGAGCAAGCAGUCGGGGCAAGUUACUGUGAGAAACUGGACGACCUGCUGAAAGAGUCCGACUUCGUGGUGGUAGUGGUGAACUUGACCCCUGACACCACCGGCCUCAUCAGCCACAGAGAGCUGUCACUCAUGAAACCCACAGCAACACUCGUAAACGUCAGCAGAGGUCUGGUUGUGGAUCAGGACGCUCUAGUCAAAGCUCUGACGACUGGAACGAUACGAGCUGCGGCUUUAGACGUGACUCACCCCGAACCUCUACCCAGGAAUCAUCCACUCCUCACCCUCCCCAACGUGCUGAUAACGCCCCACAUUGGGACCAACACUCGUGGGACAGAAAGAAAGAUAGUGCAGAUGAUGGUAGACAAUAUUCUGGCAGCAGUGAAAGGCUUAGCUGUUCCUAAUGAGGUCAAAGCAAAAUAAGUUCCUCUUCUGGUGACAAGAUCAAGAAAAUAUAAUCUUUUGUCCUUUUUACGUGCAACUUUCACACAUUGACCCAAUUCUUUGACAUUUUGAGCUGCAUUCCUGUCAGUUUUAGUCCUGCUGUUACUCAGGAAGACAUUUAUGGGCAGAAAGCAUGUCUCCUCAUAAUAACUUAGGUUUUUUUGUGUGUCAUAAAGCAAGCACGAUAAAUCCACUGUAUUUUCUUGCCAUUUAAUCACUACCUUUAUUGCUAUACAUAUGACAAUGGCAAAUAAAUAUGAUAAAUAAAAUUGUGAGCUUAAAUUUCUCAUUAAUGCAGUGUUUUCUCCUUCAAUGUGAUUUAAGAGAGCUGCAUAAUUAUUGUGGUCUUCUAGAUUUUUUCAAAUUAAUAUCAUUAAAUAUAUACUUCCCUUUGUUUGCUUACUGUUAUUUUCUUGUAGGGAUUGUCAAGAGAGUAUUCAGAAUCUGGAAGCUAAUUUAUUCAGUUGAAGUAUUUUUCUCCUAAUUAAUGUCAUCAUAUAAUGAUGAUGGUGUAUGUUUUAGUUUUUAUGUGUAAGAUUGACAAAGUGAUUCUUAAAAGUCGACAUUUUGUUGCUAUCUUAAAAAAUUUGAGACCCGGAUAAAAAAUAUUUGUUUCCGUCUUUUAAGUAACAUUUAUGCGGUCCAAAUGAACUGGAAAAUAAACUAAUGUAAAAGUUUUACAAAUGUUGGAAAUUUUGUUCUGGACUUGGGUCGGACUGGUCUAAAAAAACUUUAAUUUUACUCUUGUGAAGCUAUAUAGAAUUUCAGCAUAUGUUUUUGACACACUGCCAUGCGGAAAAAGGAAAUUUCAACCUUUUAGCAGAAUCUUAAAGGCCUUUUAUCUGGUAUAUGUAAGUGUUGCAAAAGUUGGUGCAAAAGUUCAAGUUUAGCUUCAACAAACCACAUUCUUUUUUUUUUUAAUUUUCAGGUCUCUCAGUGUCACUGCCAGUCUCUUUGCAGCCUCUUUGACCAGUUUCCUUCUUGUCUUCCCAUCGAACAUGAAGACAUCUUGCUUUUAUACUGUGACUUUUUCGCAUAUUUUCACCAAUAACUCUUGACUACCAUACUCUACAUAUGAUGUGUGGGAUCUGUGGAAUUUUUUAUACUCUUCUUCUUUCAGUGAUAUCUUUAUGAUCCUUUCAAACCUGCACUUAGCGAAACUUUAUUUUGGGUCAAACUUGUGCAGCCAGGUCUUUGUUUCUUUCCUUUUUGUUUAUCUCACAUCAUGCAUUUUAUCAUGUUUAUGUCAGCAUUAGCCAUCAAUACUGCUGGCAGGUUGUUACAAGUACAGCUUUGGUCACUGGUGUGCAGUUGAAAUAAAUACAAUUUUAUGAACUAUUGGAUCAGUUUUAGUUUGAAUUUGUUCAUGAUGGAGUGUAAUGUGAAUUAUCAAAUAAUAAAAUACUUAAAUAAU